UGGCCGUCGAGAAAGGCCAAAGCAUCGGGGAUGUAUGCCAUGCAGACCGAAGCCUUCUCACCCUCCACCGAUGGACGCGCCGCGGAAGAUAGCCCGAGUGGGGGUUAGGUGAAUUUUGGAUCUGGGAUGUUUCCUUCGAGAACCGGAUGCCAGGAUUGUGUUGUGUUCUACGACUUUAUUUGACCACGGGAAGCUUAAUACAGAACGGGAGUAUGCAAAUGAACUCCGAUACAAGCAGUUGAAAACGCAGUAGUAUCACCAAGUGAGCAACGUGAUCACAGCUCAUUGCAGUAUCAUCAAGCCUUCCUCAAUCAGCUCCGAACAAACUGGACCGCAAUAUCAGAACACACUUGGCAUGAUGGGGUUCCAGACAGAAACUACGCCGCCGGCGACACCAGCUUUCCUCAGGCUCUCAUACCCAGCUCCCCGGGUAUUGCUUGUACGCAUGGAUAGGCCAAAAGACCUCAACGCCAUGUCUACAGCAGCCCAGUGGGAGAUGGACUCGGUCUGGAAAUGGUACGACCAAGAACCAAACCUCAGCGUCGCAAUCAUCACGGGCACGGGAAGGGCCUUUUCAGCGGGAGCAGAUCUCAAAGAAUGGAACAAUAGCAUGGCCGACGACGCCGAUCCCAGCCAGCGCAUGGGCAACGCGCCUGCUUUCAAGCCCUUGAGCAGGAGGUUGGGCAAGAAACCAGUCAUUGCCGCAGUCAACGGUCUCGCCAUGGGCGGCGGGUGCGAGUUCGUCGUCAACUGCGACCUCGUCGUCGCGGCCGAGGACGCAUACUUUGGGCUUCCCGAGGUCAAAAGAGGCAUCGCAGCCAUUGGCGGAGCUUUGCCGCGACUCAUGCGGACUAUCGGACUUCAGAGAGCAAGCGAAUUCGCGCUGACGGGGCGUAACGUCUCAGCGCGGGAGAUGGAGCAAUGGGGUAUCGUGAACAAGGUGGUUCCCAAGGAGAAGGUCGUCGAGGAGGCGGUGCACUAUGCCAAGAUGAUUGCGGCCAACUCCCCGGAUGCCAUCAUAUGCACUCGAGCUGGUUUAAGGCAGGGCUGGGAAACGGCAUCCGUAGAGCGAGCAGUUGAGUGGACGCUGGAGAAGGAGUUUGCAGAGCUGCAAAAGGGCGAGAACAUCCUCGAGGGUCUCAAAGCAUUCUCAGAACAACGAGAACCCCGUUGGAAAGCUAGCAAGCUGUAAGAAGGAAGGGGUCUAGUUCCAAACAUGCCGUUCCAAAGGGAGAAGUAGAAGAUCCCGUCUGAUGAGAAACCCGGACGAACUAGAUCUGUGUGGCUCUCCUCCACCAAAGCUUUUGGUCGACCACCGUCUAGACUAAUCAAACCCGUCGUCCGAAACCAAUUGAGAUCGGCCAGCGUCCUUCUUGGUAACUAGUCGACAUAUAGACAAGCCUAUUAAACCUUGGUUUGGAUGUGCUGGCAGCUGCACGUUUUUGUCAGCGUUGCAGAUAGACCAG